CCCUCUUACCAUUUCUCAUCUUAUCUCACACAUUAACAAUGGCAAAGCUGCCUCAAAUUCUAGCUUGUGUUCUUGUUGUCCUUGGAUUUGCAUUAACAAGCUCCGCCUCAAUUUACACAGUUGGGGGCACCUCCGGCUGGGACACAAGCACCGACCUCAAUUCAUGGUCCAGUGACAAGAAAUUUAACGUCGGCGAUGUUCUGUGGUUUCAGUACUCAUCAUCUAAUAGUGUGUGCCAAGCGACCAAAGAAAGCUUUGAUGCUUGCAACACAGCAAAAGUUAUAGAAACUUAUACAGGAGGAAACACAACAGUCACGUUGACAAAACCUGGUGACUGGUAUUUUGUGAGUGGAAACAAGCUAUAUUGCUUGGGAGGAAUGAAGCUCAUGGCAGAAGUAGAAAACAACCAGGAUUAUGCACCGAUCGGCGCACCAGAGGCAGCAACUGGUUCCGACCUUCCAAACCCUUCUUCUAAGGGCAACAUUCCUACUUCAGAUGCUUUCAUCCAUGCAGGACCUAAUGCCUUUGUGUUGGCCAUCUUUGGUCUAUUGCUGCCAUGCUAUAUAUGGAUGUGACAAUUUGAGUGUGUUGUAUUUGUGAUGAAUAUAUAAAUAUAUAUUGCAUAUGUAUAGCAGGCUAGCACCUGCAGGUUUUUGAAAAAAUAAUAAUAAAUUUCGUUUUAAUUUCUCAAAA